GGUUCCGUGGAGAAAAGCCCUGGAGUCGACGUCUGGACACCACGCGAGGAAGCCAGCGGCACUGACCGAAUGAAGAGGAAGAAAAGCGAUUUCGCUGCUGCCGUUUCCGGGAGUAUUGGGAAGUGAGCAUAUCGUCGCAGAAGACUUUUGAGCUACUUUGUUUGGCGAAACCCCCGGAUUGAGCCAUGGUGAAAGAGAAGACUCACGUCAACGUGGUGGUCAUCGGACACGUCGACAGCGGCAAGUCGACCACCACCGGCCACCUCAUCUACAAGUGCGGCGGCAUCGAUCAGCGAAAGCUGGAGAAGUUUGAGAAAGCUGCUGCACAGAUGGGAAAGAGUUCCUUCAAAUUCGCCUGGGUGCUGGACAAGCUGAAGACCGAGCGUGAGCGAGGAAUCACUAUCGAUAUCUCUCUGCUGAAAUUCAACACCCAAAAAUACACCAUGACCAUAAUUGACGCACCAGGCCAUCGUGACUUCAUUAAAAACAUGAUCACUGGAACGUCACAGGCUGACGUUGGCCUCCUGGUGGUCUCUGCGGCUAAAGGGGAGUACGAGGCCGGCGUGUCCAGGAGCGGUCAGACCAGAGAGCACGCCUUGCUGGCGUACACCUUGGGGGUCAAGCAGAUCAUCGUGUGUGUGAACAAGAUGGAUCUGACCGAACCCCCCUACAGCAAGGCGCGCUUCGACGAGGUGGUGCGCGGCGUCGGCAGCUUCCUCAAGAAGAUCGGCUACGACUGCGCCACUGUGCCCUUUGUUCCCAUAUCGGGCUGGACCGGGGAGAACAUGAUCACUGCGACGCAGAGGAUGCCCUGGUUCCAAGGCUGGAAAUCCAGACAAAGGGAGGGGAACGCAAGUGGAAGAACUCUACUAGAAGUCCUGGACUCCAUCCAGCCACCAGUGCGCACGGCCAACAAGCCGCUACGAUUACCUCUGCAGGACGUCUACAAGAUUGGCGGAGUAGGCACCGUGCCAGUGGGGAAGAUUGAAUCUGGUGUCCUCAAGGCCGGGAUGACCCUGAUGUUCUCCCCGGCCAAGGUCACCGCCGAGGUGAAGUCCAUUGAGAUGCACCACCAGGGGCUGCAGACGGCUCUGCCGGGCCACAACGUCGGCUUCAACAUCAAGAACGUGGCUGUGAGGAACCUGCGGCGCGGCGACGUGGCUGGAAACGCCCAGCACGACCCUCCAGCAGAUGUCAGCAGCUUUGAAGCUCAGGUGAUUAUCCUGAACCACCCGGGGACAGUUAAAGCCGGCUACUCUCCGGUCCUGGACUGCCACACCGCCCACGUCACCUGUCGCUUCGCUGAGCUGAAGGAGAAGCUCGACAGGCGCAGCGGCAAACAGCUGGAGGACCACCCGCAGACCCUGAUGUCCGGAGACGCUGCUACGGUCCGGAUUGUUCCCAUCAAGCCCAUGUGUGUGGAGAGCUUCUUCACCUACCCUUCCUUAGGCCGCUUUGCAGCAAGGGACCUGAAGCAGACAGUGGCUGUGGGGGUCAUCAAGUCGGUGCAGAAGGACCAAGGAGGAAAACUCUCGCACAAAGCCCAAGUGUGCAAAUGAUUUACCAGUAUAUCCUGGUAUGGCUGCUUGUGAAAAGUUUUGCAAAAAGUAAUUUGUGCUGUGACACAAAGUAUAAGUUGAGUAUUAUUCCUGUGUUAACGUUAAAUGCCGACAUUCUGGUUGGUGAACUUUGGUUGAUUACAAAAUAAAUAAUUUGAACUUUA